AUGGAGCCCAACAAGGAAACGGCUGCGACCAACACAACCGCUACCGCAGAGCGACCCGCGGCCACUUCGGUGAUUGCCUCUGCAACUCCUGCGGUUGCGAACGAUACAACCACAGCACAAGAAACUCCCGCUGCCGGAACGAGGGACGUGAUUAGUGCCGAUGCGCCACCACCAAGCUAUGAGCAACAUCGCGACACCACCACAGGCGCCGAGAAUACCGCUCCGCUAGAAAAGACCGCAUGGCAGGCGGCGCAGGCGGCGACAGCACAACCCGCGUCUCAGCCCGGUCAGGCGGUCGCUCCAGCUGUGCAAUCGAUCAACAUCAUCAAUGCUGGCGAGGAACCCUGCGUGGUUGACUGUCCCUUCUGCCACCAGCAAACCACGACUCGGACUGAGAAGGAGAGCACCAGCGACACGUCCAUGGCCGCGAUCUGCUGUUGUCUCUUUGGAGGUAUCAUCUGCGCCUUCUUGCCCUAUUGCAUGCAGAUGUGCCACGACACUCAUCACUUCUGCACAAAGUGUGGCCAGAGAAUUGCGGUCCGCUCCCAUGAUGGUGGCGUCGAAGUGGUCACUCCGGCACCACCGAGGCCCGUGGACGUGGCGCCUCCGCAGAUCCAGGCUCCCCAAGCAGUCGCCCUGAGUGAGAAGCAAUGA